UGUGUAUUGUGACGGAUAUAUGAUUCAUUUCAACAAUAAUGAAACUAUUUGCUCGCCGUGGAUAAACAGUUAACAGUGAUCUUUAAAAUGGCAUAUGUUGUACCAUCGGCGCCACCAGCCCAUGAUAAUCUAGCGUUACAAAUAGAAGAAGAUCUACUUUUAGAUUUCGAUGUUUACAAUCAAAAUAUUUACAAUGACACUGAUUCAGCAAAAAUGGCAUUACGCCAUCCGGAAUAUUACAAUCCUUUUUACCAUGACGAUUCGGUUGUUCCAGGAUCACCGUUUUCUGAAAAAUCUUUUCAAAGGACAUUUUCGAUACGAUCAAAACAGUCAGCUGGUUCUCACUAUACUCGACAGAUAAAUAUGUCUAUCGGCGAAGAAUGGGAAAAUCUUCACCAGACAUAUGAUACCCCUCGCCGACCAAUCACAUGUCCUCCUACACCCAAUAUACAUUUUGUGUUUACUCAGCCAUUAAGUCCAUGGUCAGAGAAACAAGAAUGUAUGGCACAAGAAGAAGUGGCAGAUGAACCUUUAAGAUAUUUUUUCAAUCGUUUAUCAGAAGAAGAACGAGUCGCUCCGAAGGACUAUGUAAUUCAGCCCAAUCCUCAUAAUAGGUGUAACCAUAAGAUACAUGCCGUGUUACAUUGUCCAUGUUUCUUUUUCUUCUGUUUGUUGUGUUGUUUACCGGGCGUUCAUUUCAUGGAGAGAUCUGAUGAGGAGUACAAGUCUGGUCAUGACGACAGAGCAAAGCAUGAUGGGAGAUGGUCGUCUGCUCUGUAUACACUAGGAGUCAUUGCUGCUGUUGUUUUUCUAUCAGGAUUGAUAUAUUUUUCAGUAUCUCUUGUCCAUGGCGAUGUGUCUUAAUAUUGUUUAAUGAUAAAGCCAGGUUAUGAUGAAAUGUAAAUGGUGUUUUGUUGUUUAAUGUGUACAUGCGUAUUUUUCAUCAAAGUAGAUACAGUGAAACAAACGUCUAUGAGACAUCAACCUGAAACGAUGCAUAUACCUGUAAAGAA